AUGCCGAGCGACGGUACUAGCGUGAGCGCGACCAAUAUCCUCCAGACGUACACUAUGGCGGUCAACAUCGGCAACCCGCCUACGACCUACAGCCUGCUCAUCGAUACAGGGAGCAGCAACACCUGGUGUGGUGCGGCUACGGCGUACAAUCCUACCUCCACCUCGAACGAUACGGGCUCGACGGUUAGUGUUUCCUACGGCUCGGGCCAGUUCUCUGGCGAGGAGUAUACCGACCAAGUCGACUUGGGCGGCGGACUCGUCAUCAACAACCAGUCCAUUGGGGUCGCCUCCACUGAUGAGGGCUUCCAAGGUGUCGACGGCAUCAUCGGUAUCGGCCCUGUUGACCUGACAGAUAGCACCGUCUCCUCCGGACAGCCAGUGCCCACCGUGACGGACAACUUGUACCAGCAGGGUACCAUCCAAACCGAGAUGAUCGGGAUCUACUACGCGCCGACCACGCAUUCUGGCACCCCCAACGGCGAACUCACCUUCGGCGGAAUCGACCAGAGCCGCAUCACGAGCGAUGUCACCUACACGCCGAUCACGAGCACUUCCCCCGCCAGCAACUACUGGGGUAUCGACCAGACUAUCUCCUACGGCGGGCAGCAGAUCCUGAGCUCCGCAGGCAUCGUCGACACUGGCACGACGCUCGUGCUCAUCGCUAGCGACGCCUUCCAGGCAUACAUGCAGGCUAUCCCCGGAUCAAAGGUAGACCAGAACUCAGGCCUGCUUGAGGUCCCCGCCAAUCAGGUAGCGACCCUCCAGCCCCUAGCGUUCAACAUCGGCGGAACGACCUUCAAGUUCACCGGCACCGAUCAGCUGCUCGAUCAGAGCUUGAAUGAGCAGUUCGGCGGGACGCGCAAUGCGUACUAUUCGAUUGUCUCGGAUCUAGGAUCGGAGUCCGGCCAGGGCUUGGACUUCAUUAAUGGCUAUUUCUUCCUGGAGCGCUUCUAUAGCGUAUAUGAUACGACUAACAGGCGGGUCGGGUUUGCAACUACUGCUAACAGUUAG